AUGGAAAAGAGAAUAUCCGAGAUGAAAAAACUUUCGGGCACAGAAGCAAGAAAGGUUGUCGAGAGAAUCUUGAUCUCUUUCGUUGAUGAAGACGGUCGACUUAGCGAUGUGACUCGCAUUAUCGGGAAGAAGAACGCUGGGGACGAAGAAAGACUCGUCCUCUGUCUGGCACAGCGAGCUUUAGCGGAGGAAUACACACAGUGGGAACUAAAAGUACGUGGGCUGAAGAAAACGAGGGUGCAGGAGCUGGCUGAACGGCUCUCAAAUGCGAAUCCUCAGAGUGGGCACGUUGCGCAAUAUGUGAGGGAGUGCCGCAGGUUUAAAAGCGAAGACGAUGCGGUCAGGUCAAUCCGUUAUGGCAUCAAACAACACCUUCAGGAGAAACUGUUGUCAGAUAAACUUUCCGAUGGCACAGCGUGCGGAGGUAUAGAAUUGGGGAUCGCCUUUGCUUACCCUGACUUUUUCAGCAUGACAUUUGAUCAACAAGAGGAGUUUGCGGAGCUUCUUGCGAGUGAAGGUUCGGCAGCUCACAUCCUCAACUUCUUGCUGGAACAAUCUCGUUGGAUCAGCGAAUGCCAGGCCGUAUAUAACGGUAAGAUGGAGCUCAGUGUCUUCUGUAGACAUGUGUCUGACGUCGAAAAGAUCAUAAAAGCGGUCGCACGGCUCUGUUGCCGUCUGACAUGA